UUGGUGAAGGAUUGCCACAGACCGGAUUGCUCCACUCUCGUGCUAUUGCUCUGCUCUGCCCGCGCGCCCUCGUCUCUCGGUGUCCGAGCUACACCACACCCACUCUCGCGCUACUGCUCUGCUCCGCUCUGCUCGCCCCUACUCCUCGAUCGCCGGCACGGUGCCCGGGUUACGACGUCGCUAGCCGUCUUCUGCUGCAGAUAGAAUCCCGCCAGAAUUAUCGACAGAUCAAGCUCUAAGCAAGCAAGGAUGCCGCGGGUCCGGUGAGAGUGGCGACGGAUCCAGCUGCAACCGCACUGCUCCGAGUUGCAACUAGUGAAGAAAUUCCAGACCCCGCUAGGCUAGGGUCUAGACUUGGCGCAAACUUUCCUGUUCGAUCACUGGCCGUGCAUUCGAGCUUUUAGGCCAUGGAGGCGGCUCUGGUGACUGUGGCCACGGGGGUCCUCAAACCUGUCCUGGGGAAGCUGGCCACCCUGCUCGGCGACGAGUACAAGCGUUUUAAGGGUGUGCGCAAGGAGAUCAGGUCUCUCACUCAUGAGCUCGCCGCCAUGGAAGCUUUUCUCCUCAAGAUGUCGGAGGAGGAGGAGGAUCUCGAUGUGCAGGAUAAAGUUUGGAUGAAUGAGGUGCGGGAAUUGUCCUAUGACAUGGAGGAUGCCAUCGAUGACUUCAUUCAAAGCGUUGGUAACAAAGACGAAAAACCAGAUGGCCUCAUUGAGAAGAUCAAGAGCUCUCUAGGGAAGUUGGGAAAUAUGAAGGCUCGUCAUCGAAUCGGCAAGGAGAUUCAUGAUCUGAAGAAACAGAUCAUUGAGGUGGGUGAUAGGAACGCAAGGUACAAGGGUCGUGAGACCUUCUCCAAUACCAAAAAUGUGACCGUUGACCCUAGAGCUCUUGCUAUCUUUGAGCAUGCAUCAAAGCUCGUCGGAAUUGAUGAACCCAAGGCUGAGUUGAUCAAGUUGUUAACUGACGAGGAUGGAGUUACAUCAACACAACAACAAGUGAAGAUGGUCUCCAUUGUUGGAUCGGGAGGAAUGGGCAAAACAACUCUUGCAAACCAAGUGUAUCAAGAGCUGAAAGAGAAAUUCAAGUGUAAGGCUUUCAUAUCAGUGUCACGAAAUCCAGAUAUGAAAAAUAUCUUGAGAACCCUCCUAAGUGAAGUUGGGUGUCAAGAUUAUGCUGACACCGAAGCAGGGAGCAUACAACAACUAAUAAGGAAGAUUACCGACUACCUAGCAGAAAAAAGGUAUUUUAUAGUGAUUGAUGACAUAUGGGAUGUUAAAACAUGGGAUGUUAUUAAGUAUGCAUUUCCCAUGACCAGAUGCGGUGGUGUAAUAAUCACCACUACUCGGCUGAGUGAUGUUGCAUGUUCAUGUCAUUCAUCAAUCGGUGGCCAUAUUUAUAAUAUAAGGCCUCUUAAUAUGGAGCACUCAAGACAGCUAUUCAAAAUAAGAUUAUUCAGCUCUGAAGAAGAUUGCCCUUCAUCGCUCGUGAAAGUUUCUAAUCAAAUCUUGGAAAAGUGUGAUGGGUUGCCUUUGGCAAUCAUUGCUAUAGCUGGUUUGUUGGCUAACACAGGAAGAUCAGAGCAUCUAUGGAACCAAGUGAAAGAUUCAAUUGGUCGUUCACUUGAAAGGAAUCCUAGUGUCGAAGUAAUGAUAAAGAUAUUGUCACUUAGUUACUUUGAUCUUCCUCCGCAUCUAAAAACAUGUCUCCUGUAUCUCAGUAUAUUUCCGGAAGAUUCUAUUAUUGAGAAGAAAAUACUAAUAUCAAGAUGGAUUGCCGAAGGAUUCAUUCACAAAGAAGGUAGAUAUACUGCAUAUGAGGUAGGAGUGAGGUGUUUCAAUGAGCUCGUCAACAGGAGUUUGAUCCAACUUGUGAAGACAAAUAGUUUUAAGGGGAAGAGCUGUCGAGUUCACGACACAAUUCUUGAUUUCAUAGUAUCCAAGUCUAUUGAAGAGAACUUUGUUACUUUCAUUGGUGUCCCCAAUUUAACUACCAUGGCACAAAGCAAAGCCCGUCGUCUCUCCAUUCAAGUUGAAGCGGAAGGGAUGCCGAUGAACCUGAUAUUAUCUCAUGUCCGAUCACUUAACGUGUUCGGGAAUACAGUGAAUAUUCCUUCGAUCAUGGAGUUUAGGCAUUUGCGUGUCCUUGAUUUUGGAGGAAACAGACUAUUGGAAAACCGUCAUCUCGCGUAUGUAGGGAUGCUGUUUCAGCUAAGGUACCUCAAUUUUUACGUGACAGCAGUAAGUGAGCUCCCGGAACAAAUCGGACACUUACAGUGCUUAGAGAUGUUGGACAUCAGGCGUACAGAGGUGUCUGAGUUGCCAGCCAGUAUUGCCAAUCUCGGCAAACUUGCACACUUACUUCUUAGCUCAAAUACUGGCACAAAUGUUAAGUUUCCCGACGGAAUUGCUAAGAUGCAAGCACUGGAGGUUUUGCAUAGCGUUAACACCUGCAAUCAGUCAUAUAACUUUCUGCAAGGGCUUGGUCAGCUAAAGAAUCUGAGGAAACUGGGCAUUAACUAUCGGGGUGUUGCCCAUGAAGACAAGGAAGUUAUUGCUUCUUCUCUCGGUAAACUAUGCACACAAAACCUUUGUUCUCUAACUAUGUGGAAUGAUGAUGACGACUUCUUGCUAAAUACAUGGUGCACUUCUCCGCCGCUUAACCUCCAAAAGCUUGCCAUAUGGGGUUGUAUAUUCCCAACAGUUCCGCAUUGGGUAGGAUCACUCGUCAACCUACAGAAGUUACACUUGGAGGUGGGGAGAGGUAUCCGGCAUGAAGAUAUCUGCAUCCUUGGAGCCUUACCCGCUCUGCUCACUCUGGGUCUAGAAGGAAGAGAAAAAGAGCCUUCUUGUGAAGACGGAAGGCUGGUAGUUAGUGGUGAAGCUGGGUUCCGAUGCUUGAGGAAGUUUAAUUACUGGAGAUGGGGAGAUUGGAUGGAUCUUAUGUUUACGGCAAAAUGUAUGCCCAAACUAGAAAAACUGAAGCUUAUAUUUUACCGGCAUGCCGAAGAUGAGGCUCCCAUCAUUCCUGCUUUUGAUUUCGGGAUCGAAAACCUGUCCAGCCUCACUACUUUCAAAUGUCACCUAGGUUGUAGGCCUAUGACAACGAAAAUUGUUGACACUGUAAAGGCUUCUCUGGACAGAGUAGUCAGCGCACAUCCCAACCCCAUUACUCUAAUCUUCAGUUAUUGUUGUGUGGUCUGUAAGGAUUUCUGUGCUGGUCGAUGCCUUCUGUCUAAAAAUCUUCAGUCAUCCUCCGAAUCUACUUGAGUAGAGUCAAGACCAUGCGUUUGUCGGACACACGGUAUAUACCAUCACUGCUACAUGCAGUCUCAAGACUAACCACUGCACUCCUGACGGAUGCGCUCAGGUUCUUCUCAAGCCCUGCAGUUCUUCAUGAAGAUGAUUAUUUCUGUCCUCCGUGUUUUGGCUGAUGUGUUUGGAUGCUCUCUUUCACUGAAGAUGAAGAUGAUGCUGAUGGUGUUAGGCAUCGAAAUCGCUGACUCCUGAUCGGGCCAAAGGAUCCCGGUCAGAGCCUCGGCUGUGACAGCUAACAAGUCAGGGUGGACACGGUCCGGGCCAGUCACAGUUCCGGUUCGAGCCGUCGUUUGGACCGGCCGCCGGCAGGCCAGACCGGACCGGACCGAGCAGGCGAGCGGUCCUGUUUUGGGGGACCGGACCGGCGCUGACAAAGCCCGAGCCAGACCGACUGGACCGAAUGGACCGGCCAACAACCACCGGCGUCGAUGUGUGCGAUGCAGCGGCGAGGUGGGCUACGUGCAUGACUGAUGUGACGAAGUGGACGACGCGCGCCAGAAAUUAGCUAACAACUGAAACUUCGGCGAAACAAACAAACUGAAUUUUCUGAACCUGUUGGAACAGAACCAGCGUAGCUCUCUCUCUCUCUCCGUAACUACCGGUCCUCGUCUCUAGUGCAUGAUCGCACAAGCUUAUCCAGAUGAGUUAUUUACGGAGAUUGUUAGCGUAGUGGCUGCACCUGCAUCCUCCUCUUCUCUGUACAUCUGUAACACUCGACAGAUACAUGAACAUAUGACAUAUUUCCCUCCUAUUGCUCCUUCUUA